AUGAUGCCCCAGAGGAAGAAAAGGAAGAAAGAUAUUGACUUCUUGGCUCUGUAUGAGGAGGAGCUGCUGAACUAUGAAUCAGAAGACGAAGAGGAGCUAGAACAUGAUUACUACAAGACCAGAGUGUAUGAGGUAAUCACAAUGACUGGUGAUGUCCGGGGCGCAGGAACCAAUGCCAACGUCUUCAUCACCAUUUUCGGGGAGAAUGGGCUAUCUCCUAAGCUCCAUCUCUCGAGCAAGAGCGAAUCUGCCUUUGAAAAAGCCAAUGUGGAUGUGUUCCGUGUUCGAACCAACAAUGUUGGUACCAUCUACAAAAUCAGAAUCGAGCAUGACAACACUGGAAUGAAUGCCAGCUGGUUUUUGGACAGGGUCAUCCUGACUGACAUGAAGCGGCCCCACCUCAAGCACUACUUCAACUGCACUAGUUGGUUGAGCAAAGUGGAGGGGGACCGCCAGUUGUGCCGGGACCUGUUAGCCAGCUUCACCCCGAUGGAUGUUCCCAGGUAUAACAAGUAUGAUAUCAAAGUCUACACUGGAGACAUAAUUGGUGCGGGGACAGAUGCAGAUGUCUUCAUUAAUAUCUUUGGAGAAUAUGGUGACACAGGAGAACGGAGGCUGGAAAGUGAAAAAGACAACUUUGAAAAGGGGGCAGAAGAUAAGUUCACACUGGAUGCACCAGAUUUGGGGCAGCUGAUAAAAAUCACCAUUGGCCAUAACAAUAAAGGCUCAUCUGCAGGCUGGUUCCUAUCCAAGAUUAUCAUUGAAGACAUUGGGAACAAAAGAAAAUAUGAUUUCCCUCUUGACCGAUGGCUGGCCCUAGAUGAGGAUGAUGGCAAAAUUCAACGGGAUAUUCUGGUGGGCGGUGCUAUAACCACAGCUAUCUCCUACAUCGUUACAGUCAUAACAGGGGAUGUCCGGGGUGCUGGGACCAAAUCCAAGAUUUUCCUUGUCAUGUAUGGAGCCAGAGGAAAUAAGAACAGUGGGAAAAUCUUCCUGGAAGGGGGUGUGUUUGACCGAAAUCGGACGGACAUCUUCAACAUUGAGCUGGCUGUCUUGCUCAGCCCCCUGAGCAGAGUCUCCAUUGGGCAUGGCAAUGUAGGUGUCAACAGAGGCUGGUACUGUGAGAAGGUGGUGAUUUUGUGUCCCUUCACUGGUAUACAACAGACUUUUCCUUGCAAAAACUGGCUGGAUGAGAAGGAAGGCGAUGGACUGAUUGAGCGGCAGCUCUAUGAGGUGGUGUCCCUGCGGAAGAAGAGACUCAAGAAAUUUGCUUGGUCCCUCUGGGUCUGGACAAAUGACCUGAAGAAAGCUGCCUGUAAUGUCCCUGUUUUUAUCCAACUCUAUGGACAGAAGGGGCGAACAGAUCAAAUUCGUCUGAACCCAGGUCCACAGGGCUUUAAACCUGGCAAGAUUGACAAGUUCAGGCUGGAAAUCCCAGAUCUUGGAAGAUUUUAUAAGAUCAGAGUUUGGCAUGACAGUAAGAUUCCUGGUUCCGGAUGGCAUCUAGUAAAGAUGACACUGAUGAAUACCCUAACAAAGGACAAGUAUAACUUCAACUGUAACCGCUGGCUGGAUGUCAAUGAGGAUGACUAUGAGACUGUGAGGGAGCUAACUGCAGAGGGUCCGACAGUUCGGAGGAUAAUGGGAAUGGCCCAGUAUCGAGUGACCCUGUGUACAGGGAACGUUGAAGGAGCAGGGACAAAUGCCCGAGCCUUUGUCUGCCUCUUUGGUGAUGCGGGAGAUACGGGGGAGCGCACCCUGUCUAGCGUCAUCUGCAGGAACAACACCGAUAUCUGUCAAAAAGGCAAUGCGGAUGAAUACACCAUUGAAGCAGUCACCCUGAGGAAGGUAAAAAGAAUCAGAGUUGGACAUGAUGGCAAAGGAGGAGGCAGUGGCUGGUACCUGGAGCGAGUGUUAGUGAGAGAAGAAGGGCAGCCAGAGAGCGACAAUGUGGAAUUCCCAUGUAACAGAUGGCUUGACAGGGAUCAGGACGAUGGCCAGUUGAUCAGAGAAUUGUUACCCAGUGGCAGCAAUGCGACGUUGAAAAACUUUCGCUAUCAUAUCAGCAUAAAGACAGGAGAUGUUGGAGGUGCUAGCACUGACUCUAAGGUCUACAUCAAACUCUAUGGAGAGAAGAGAGACACCAUCAAGCAGAUCCUCCAGGUCUCUAACAAUAACCUGGGUGAUCAUUUUGAGCGUCGCCGAGUUGACGAGUUCACCCUUGAGACUAUGGACAUUGGAGAGAUCAACCGGCUUAUCAUUGGCCAUGACAGCGCGGGCAUGCGGGCAGGAUGGUUUUUGGGCAGCAUUCAGAUUCGGGUGCCCCGCCAAGGGAAGAAGUACACAUUCCCUGUCAAUCGCUGGCUGGACAAGAAAGCGGCUGAUGGGCGCACAGAAGUGGAGCUGUACCCCAGCGAGGUUGAAGAGAUUGAAACGUUGAUCCAUUAUGAGGUAGAGAUCGUGACCGGAGAUGUGGGCAAUGCAAGCACCAGUGCCCAGGUCUACAUGCAGAUCUAUGGGGAGGAGGGCAAGACCGAAGUGCUCUAUCUCAAAAGCCGCUCAAAAGUCUUCCAGCGGGGAAACAAGGACACCUUUCAGCUAGAGGCAGCAGAUGUGGGUGAGAUCUUCAAGAUCCGUGUGGGCCACACGGGCGAAGGCUUCGGGUCUGGCUGGUUCGUGGACACGGUGGAGCUGAGGCGGCUGGUGCUUCAGGAGGUGGAAGUCACCCCGGAGGAGGAAGCCCGAAAAAAGAAGGAGCAGGACAAACUGAGGCAGCUGCUGAGGAAGGAGAGGCAAAAGGCCAAGGAGCAGAGGAAGAAGAAAAAGAAGAGCAGCAACGUGGAGUCUGAGGAAGAAGAGUCCUCCUCGGAGGAGGAAUCUUCAGAGGAGUCGGAAGAGGAGACCGAGAUCGAGGAUGAAGAGGAAGAAUUUGGGCCGGGCAUGCAGGAAGUAGUUGAUGUCUACAAGUUUCAAGCCAAUCGAUGGCUAGCCACGGAUGAGGAGGAUAAAGAGCUUGUCAUGGAGCUGGCGCCGUCUGGAAGAUCGGGUCCUGAGCCCAAUACCUAUGAGGUCCAGGUGAUCACAGGGAAGAUGCCCAAAGGUGGCACUGAUGCCAACGUCUACCUGAAUAUCUAUGGUGAAGAGUAUGGGGAUACUGGGGAACGAGCUUUAAGAAAAUCAGAUAAAUCAAAUAAGUUUGAACAAGGACAGACAGACACUUUUAUCAUCAGUGCCAUUGACUUGGGACCCCUGAAGAAGAUUAGGAUUCGUCAUGAUAACUCUGGCAAUGCCUCUGGCUGGUUCCUUGAUCGAGUGGACAUCACUGACCAAAAUAAUGAAACCACGUACUACUUCCCAUGCCAGCGUUGGCUGGCAGUCGAUGAAGACGAUGGGCAGCUCUCCAGGGAGCUGAUCCCAGUGGAUGAGUCAUAUAUCUUGAAGGACGAGGAGAAUGAAGAGGAAGAGGGCCAGGAAGGAGGAACUGAAGACCCUGGGCUUGCCAACCUGGCCCUGGAUAUGAAAGAUAAAUCAACCAUGUAUUCAGUGACCGUGAAGACUGGUGACAAGAAAAGAGCAGGCACAGAUGCCAAUGUCUUCAUCACUCUUUUUGGCACAGAUGAUGAUACAGGGACAAUUCUCUUGAAGUCUUCCAAGUCCAGCAACAAGGACAAAUUUGAGAGAGGGAGUAUUGAAAUCUUCACGGUGGAUGCAUUUUAUCUUGGAGAACUUCAGAAAAUCAGGAUUGGUCACGACAAUACAGGCAAGUCCCCAGGCUGGUUUGUGGACUGGGUAGAGGUAGAUAUACCAUCCCUAGGAAAGUGCCUGAUGUAUCCUUGUGGACGAUGGCUAGGAAAAGAAGAAGAUGAUGGGGCCACCUUCCGGGACCUCUUCCACGCAGAGCUACAGACUAAAACUUAUACUCCAUAUAUUCCCUAUGAGAUAACCAUCUACACCAGUGAUGUCUUUGCCGCGGGGACGGAUGCCAGCAUCUUCAUCGUGAUCUAUGGCUGUGACGCCAUCUGCACCCAACAGAAGUAUCUGUGCACCAGCAAAAGGGAGCAGAAGACAUUUUUUGAGAGAAAUUCUGUCUCCUGCUUCAUCGUGGAGAUGGAGGAUGUGGGAGAAGUCAUUGAAAAAAUUCGGAUUGGACAUGACAAUGCAGGAAUGAAUGCCGGGUGGCACUGUGACCACGUGGAUAUCCGAAGGCUUCUGCCAGAUAAAGAUGGAUCAGAGACUGUGACUUUUGCCUGCGAUCGAUGGCUUGCCACCUCUGAAGAUGAUAAGAAGACUAUCCGAGAACUGGUCCCAUUUGAUAUGUUUACUGAGAAAGUAAUGAAAGAUGGGUCUUUAAGACAAAUUUAUAAGGAAAUAGAGGAACCUCUGGACAUUGUUCUGUAUUCAGUGCAGAUCUUCACUGGGAAUAUACCUGGGGCUGGAACAGAUGCUAAGGUCUUCAUCACAAUCUAUGGAGACCUUGGAGACACUGGGGAACGGUACCUUGGAAAGUCAGAAAACAGGACUAACAAAUUUGAAAAAGGAACGGCUGACACCUUCAUCAUAGAGGCUGCUGACCUGGGCGUCAUAUACAAAAUCAAACUCCGGCAUGACAACAGCAAGUGGUAUGCUGAUUGGUAUGUGGAGAAAGUUGAAAUUUGGAAUGAUACCAAUGAGGAUGAGUUUCUGUUCCUCUGUGGACGCUGGCUGUCCUUGAAGAAGGAGGAUGGGCGGCUAGAACGACUGUUUUAUGAGAAGGAAUACCAAGGUGACCGAAGCAGCAAUUGCAGCAGCCCUGCUGACUUUUGGGAGAUGACCCUCAGUUCCAAGAUGAGUGAAAUCGAUAUAGAUACUGUGACUGGCCCUCUGGUGAACUAUGUUCAGGAAGGUCCACUGAUUCCUUACCAUGUGACCAUUACCACGGGUGAGCACAAGGAUGCAGCCACUGAUAGCCGUGCCUUCAUCAUCAUUAUUGGGGAGGAUGAUGAGGUGUCCAACCGCAUCUGGCUGGAUUACCCCGGGACAAAGAAAGGUUUCAGCUGUGGCUCUGUGGAGAAGUUCUAUGUCGUUGGCCUGGAUGUAGGAGUCAUCAAGAAAAUAGAGCUGGGUCAUGAUGGAGCCUCACCAGAGAGCUGUUGGCUGGUAGAGGAGUUGUGUGUCGCUGUGCCUACCAAGGGGAGCAUGUACACCCUGCGCUGUGACUGUUGGCUGGCAAAGGAUCGUGGUGAUGGUCUGACCUCUAGUGUCUUUGACCUCCUAGAUGCUGUGUUUGUGAAUAUUGGUGUGAAGAUCAUGUAUGAAAUGACCGUCUGGACGGGUGACAUCGUUGGAGGUGGCACUGAUUCCAACAUUUUUAUGACACUUUAUGGUGUCAAUGGGAGCACAGAAGAGGUGCAGUUGGACAAAAAGAAAGCUCGGUUUGAGCGAGGACAGAAUGACACUUUCGUUAUGGAGAUUGAUGACAUUGCCCCGUUCACGAAGAUGCGGAUGCGGCUGGAUGGGCUGGGCAACCGACCCGAGUGGUUCCUGGACAAGGUCCUCCUGAAGAACAUGGACAAUGGAGACCUGACAAUGUUCUACUAUGGUGAGUGGUUAUCUGAGAGGAAGGGUGAAAAGAAGACCCUGGUCUGUGAGAUGUGUGCAGUGAUUAAUGAGGAAGAGAUGAUGGAGUGGACAUCCUACACUGUUACAGUCAAGACCAGCAACGUUCUGGGAGCUGGCACUGAUGCCAAUGUGUUCAUCAUCAUCUUUGGAGAGAAUGGAGACAGUGGUACCCUGCCCCUGAAGCGAUCCAAAAACUUUAACAAGUUUGAGCGCAGUGGGACAGACACAUUCAGCUUCACGGACAUGCUGAGCCUUGGUCAUCUCUGCAAGCUGAGGGUCUGGCAUGACAACAAAGGGAUAUUUCCCGGCUGGCAUCUGAACUACAUAGAUGUGAAGGACAACUCCCGGGAUGAGACAUUCCGCUUCCCAUGCGAACGCUGGCUAUCAAAGAGCGAGGGGGACAGACAGACAGUCCGUGAUUUGCGCUGUGCCAACAAUGAGAUCCUGGAGGAGAUGGAGGAAACCACGUAUGAGAUCGUCAUAGAAACCGGCGAUUCAGAUACCAGGGAGAAUGCCUGGAUCGUUCUGGAAGGAAGAAAGGACCGAUCCAAAGAACUUCUCAUUGAAAACAGCCCUAGGCACAGGGUGUUUAGAAAAGGCGCCACUGACAAAUUUGAAUUUGACAGCACCUAUGUGGGUGACAUAGCAGCACUGUGUUUGUGGCACAUGCCCAGAGAAGGACAGAGGAUGCCUCCCAGGGAGAUACUCUGGCAUGUGAAGACCAUCACCAUCACAGAGCUAGAGUUCAACAAUGUGUACUUUUUUAACUGUGACUACAAAAUCCCCCUAAAGAAAAAGAAAAAGUACUUCAAGGUGUUUGAGGUCACCAAAGUGACUGAGAGCUUUGCCAGUAAGGUCCAGAGCCUGGUGCCAGUCAAGUACGAGAUCAUCAUCACGACCGGUUAUGAGCAUGGAGCAGGCACAGAUGCCAAUGUCAUGAUCACCGUCUUUGGGGCCAAUGGUGACACAGGGAAGCGGGAGCUCCAGCGGCGCAUGCGCAACCUCUUUGAGAGGGGCCACACUGAUCGCUUCUUCCUAGAGACUCUGGACCUGGGGGAGCUGCGCAAGGUGAGGCUGGAGCAUGACGGCAAAGGUCCCUGCUCUGGCUGGCUGGUGGAGAGAGUGGAGGUCACCAACACCAGCAAUGGAGUCGCCACAAUCUUUGCCUGUGGGAAAUGGCUGGACCCAAAGAAGGGAGAUGGGCUGACAUGGAGAGAUCUCUUCCCUACAGUCUGA